AUCAAUGUUGAUGCAUUUUAACUUUUUUUUUUUAAUCCAUUUCCUGAUUUGUAUAAAUGAUGUGUUUUAUUUUAGUGACAUUAUAAUUCAGGAGGCGUCUGUCUGUUGACGUCACAGAUGAACAGAAACAUGACUUCAACACAAAAGAAAACUCACCGCUGUGACGACUGUGGCAAAGAGUUCAGCAGACCGAGUCAGUUGAAGAUUCAUCACAGAGUUCACACUGGAGAACGACCGUUCAGCUGCGACGUCUGCGGGAAAACAUGUAAUACAAAAGGCCAAUUAACAGUUCAUCAGAUAAUUCACACAGGAGAGAGACCAUACGGCUGUGACCAGUGUGACAAAACAUAUAAGAGAAUAGGAGAGCUAACGGUUCACCAGAGAGUCCACACUGGAGAAAGACCAUACAGCUGUGAUCAAUGUGACAAGACCUACAAGAGAAAAGGAGAACUGACACUUCAUCAGAGAGACCACGCUGGAGAAAAACCCUACAGCUGCGAGCAGUGUGGGAAAACCUUCUCUCGGUUGUACAACCUCAGUAAUCACCAGCUCAUUCACACCGGAGAGAAACAGCAUUACUGUCGAGAAUGUGGGACACGCUUCACGCAGCGGAUAAGCCUCAUUGUCCACCAGCGCAUCCACACCGGAGACAAACCCUUCAGCUGUGAACAGUGUGGGAAGAGCUUCUCCCAGCUGAGCAGCUACAACGUCCACAGAAACCUCCAUACCAAGGAGACCAUCUUCUCCUGUAAACACUGUGGGAAGGUGUUGAGCACAUACUACGGACUCCAGACUCAUGAACGAAUCCACACCGGAGACCGACGCUACAGGUGUAAAUACUGCGACAAAGCCUUCAUCUCUUCAUCCAGUCUCUCAACCCAUGAGCGCGUUCACACCGGAGAGAAACCGUACUGGUGUGACUGGUGUAAGAAGAACUUCAGCCAGUCGUACCAAUUGAAGAAACACAAGUGUGUUAGCGAGACCCAUAACAGAGCAGAUUAGUUUGUAUUUGACAAAGGAAUAUUCAGUUUUCUGACAAUAAUGACAACAUCUACACAUCAUCUCAGAUCAUGAACAGAACUGUAGGGUCAUGAUUUUUAUGGAAACAUGGUUUAAGGAACUUCGUGGACGAAGCAUCUUCAGAGCUGAUGACAGAAACAGAGGGUUUGAUCAUCUAUGAGUGUAAACAGAAUCCAGGCGUUCACUUUAACUAUAAUUAGCACAGAUAGCAGUUAGCAUACAGAGCUAAAGACUAUGCUGAGCCUCAAACCGCAUAUUUCUGCACUUAAACUCAAUAUUUUUACUGUAUGAGCAUGUUCACACUGUCAGUUACACCAAAGGCGCAUUAAGUACUUGGAUCUUCACUCACAAUGGUAAAAACUUUAUUGUUGAAUACCAAAAAUGAGGAGUAACAGUAGAGAGAGCGUCAUUGCAUUUUUGUCGUUGAAUAUUUGCUCUGUACAAAAUCAGUCAUAAAAAUCUUAGUACAAUUAGAAGGUACAUGGUGAUGAAUAAUGCAUCAAGGUUGAGUUUAAAGGAAAAUAUUCAGGGAGGCAUUAAAGCACUGCUGAUGAAUUAUUAAGGGUCCUGUAGUCCAACGGCAUAUUUAAAGAUAUUUAUUAACAUCCGUUUGACCUUUCAAGGUCACUCAA